AUGGACCGCCAGAGCCCGCCGUUGAACGGCAAUUCCCAGCGUCGCAAACUCAUCAAGCGGCCCCCCUCGCACCAGCCCUACGGCCGCUCCUCGUCCGGCUACGACACGGAGUCGCUCGACGGCAAAAGCUCCAGCUCGCGCAACCUUCGACGAGCCCCCAGCGCUCCGCCAGUGCGGUCGACGGCUUCAAACGCGUCCAGCGGCUCCCCGCGGCCGCACCCCUCGAGCUUCCAGCAGCGAACGAAUGCAUCGCCAGAUCUCAGCGCCCGAUUUCGCCUGAGCGACCCCAACCAGAGCCGCGCCAACGACGACCUGAUCGGCGCGCCCUUUGACGGCACCUCGAUCCUCAACCAUAUCGAGGCCACCAAGUUCAACACCGUCCAGCCGCCGUCGCUCGUCAAGGCUGCGACCGACCCCCGCUUCGUCAGACCCUCGCCCACGUCGUCGCCCAGCUACACCAUGGAUCAAGCGCUGGAAAAGCCCCCGACCGGGCGCGUGCCCGACGGCCUCAUGAGCCCCAAGCGCUUCUCCGACGAGGCCAAGGAGGGCAAGCCCACGACAUCGCGCAAGAAGUCGGGCUUCUCCGGCUUUGUUAACAGCCUGGUCGGUUCCCAGAAGAAGCCUGUCAUAUCUGCGCCCGAGAACCCUGUUCAUGUGACGCAUGUGGGCUACGAUAGCACAACCGGCCAGUUCACCGGACUUCCUAAAGAAUGGCAGCGGCUUAUCAACGAAAGUGGCAUCUCCGAGAAGGAGAGGAGAGAGAACCCUCAGACCAUGGUUGAUAUCCUGCAGUUCUACAAGGAAACCACCGAGCGGCCGCCUGAAGAUCAGUCCUUGGAAAAGUUUCACAAUGCUGCAACGGCAGAUAGUCGCCAAUAUGGCGUCGCCCCGACAUCACCAAACACAUAUCCCAGCAAUUAUUUUGGUAUGGCACUCUUUUUGUCCCACGCCCGCCUUUCUAACCACGAGUUUGUCAUCACAGGAAGCUUUGAGAAUCCCCGCGCGCCACCUCCUGUCCCUGCCAGUAGUAGAACCCAUGGUUCCGGCCCGAUCAAGGAGAUCAUGCCGAGUCGACCGGCGCCGAAACCUCCAAUCAGCAUGAACAAUAGGCCGCUUCCGCCAAGUGCAUAUGCGGCCAAGGACUCUGGUAUCGGUAUGGCGCAGCCCAUUGACGAUGCCUCCUCCAGCAGUUAUGGCCAUUCUCAAGAAGGCACCCCAAUGCUUCCAGAGGAGCACAGGUCACGAUCCAACUCUCGCACCAACGGCCUAUCACCUUACACUCCGCAGACCCCUUCCCUCAGCCCCGCCACCCAGGCCAAUGUGUACCAGCAACAGUUGAUGCAGCAGCAACAGGAGCAAGCCAUGGCUCAGGCUCAGGCAGCCAUGACUGGACAGCUUGGCCGAGCCCCCAGCAAGAGACAGCCGUCUCCGCAUAUGGCAGCUCCCUCGGCUGCCGCAGGAUACGCUCGCGCCCCCGAAGCCAACGGUCACCACUCUGCGCAGCGCCAGCAGCCUAGUCCUGGUGCCCCGGCUGCUGCAGCCAACGCGCGUCCCCGGCAACGAGUCCGCCAGAGCAACGGCAUGGAUGUUGUGGCCUCUCUCCGACGGAUAUGUACCGAAGGUGAUCCGCGCAACAUUUACAGAGGCUUCACCAAGAUUGGACAAGGUGCUUCUGGCGGGGUGUACACUGGUCAUGAGAGGGGAACCAAUCGAUUGGUGGCUAUCAAGCAGAUGAACCUGGAGCAGCAACCGAAGAAGGACCUCAUCAUCAACGAAAUCCUUGUCAUGAAGGACAGCUCCCACCCCAACAUUGUCAACUUCAUCGACAGCUACCUCUGCGAUGGCGAGCUUUGGGUCGUCAUGGAGUACAUGGAGGGUGGCAGUCUUACAGAUGUUGUGACGUUCAACAUCAUGACAGAGGGCCAGAUUGCUUCAGUCUGCAGAGAGACGUUGAGAGGACUACAACACUUGCACUCUAAGGGGGUCAUUCACCGUGACAUCAAGUCCGACAACAUUCUCUUGUCAAGCGAGGGCAACAUUAAGCUCACCGACUUUGGAUUCUGCGCGACCAUCAACGAGGCCCAGAACAAGCGUACCACUAUGGUUGGCACGCCGUACUGGAUGGCCCCUGAAGUCGUCACGCGCAAGGAGUACGGCCGCAAAGUCGACAUCUGGUCUCUUGGCAUCAUGGCCAUUGAGAUGAUUGAGGGCGAGCCGCCGUAUCUGACAGAGUCACCCCUUCGUGCUCUGUGGCUGAUUGCUACGAACGGUACGCCGCAGAUCAAGAACGAGGGCGACCUGUCAGCGGUGUUUAGAGAUUUCUUGUACUUUGCAUUGAAGGUGGACCCCGAGAAGCGGGCCAGCGCCCAUGAUUUACUAAGACAUGACUUCAUGAAAUUAUGCGUCGAUCUAUCACAGUUGUCCCCCCUAGUCCGAGCUGCACGAGAACAGCGAGCCCAAGAAAAGGCUCGAAAAGGCGGUGCCUAA